CACAAACAUACACUAUCAAACUGAUCUGCCUAGCUUAUUUUGAUUGUUGUCUUCUACUUGCAAUUCAUUAGAGAGAUAUGGGGAUUGCCUUGAUCUCCCUUGUGCUUCUCGUCUCUUCUUUUGCAGUUUUCUUCACUACUACUCCUGUUUCUGCAAAUGAUAAACCUUUGGAUGAGCUUUUCAGAAAUGGUGAUUUCGAAGAAGGGCCAGAGCCAUCAAAACUUAAUGGAACCGUCAUUAAGGGGACGUACUCGCUUCCCAAAUGGAGGAUCAAUGGUUUAGUCGAGUAUGUCCACGGUGGUCCACAACCUGGUGGAAUGUAUUUUCCUGUUUCACGCGGUGUUCACGCUGUUAGGCUCGGUAAUGAUGCCUCAAUCACCCAAGCAAUAGUAGUCAAACCAGGUUCUUUGUAUGCCCUGACAUUCGGAGCUACAAGAACUUGUGCCCAAGAUGAAGUUAUGACUGUCUCCGUGCCUCCGUUCUCGGGAGAUCUUCCUCUCCAAACAAUGUACAACAGCGACGGAGGUGAUACUUAUGCUUGGGCAUUCAAGCCUACGACUAAGAUCGUUAAGGUGACAUUUACUAACAAAGGUACUCAAGAAGAUCCUUCAUGUGGUCCUCUACUGGAUGCAAUUGGAAUUAAGGAGCUUAUCAUUCCCUCUGCCGCCAAAGAUAAUUUGGUUGUUAAUGGCGACUUUGAAGAGGGUCCUCAUCUAUUUAGAAACUCCGCAAACGGCAUUCUCCUGCCUCCCAAACAAGUAGACAGAGAGUCGCCACUUGUUGGAUGGAUAAUUGAAUCUCUUAAAGCCGUCAAGUACAUCGACUCAAAACACUUCACUGUUCCCUCUGGGAAAGCUGCAAUUGAGUUGGUUGCAGGUAGAGAAAGUGCUAUUGCUCAAGUCAUAGACACAGUUCCUAAUAAAUUUUACACGCUCACUUUCCUAGUCGGAGAUGCGGAAAAUAACUGCCAUGGGUCUAUGAUGGUCGAAGCUUUCGUCGGAAAAGAGACGGUUAAAGUCCGUUUUAACUCUACUGGCAAAGGUGGCUCGGUGACUGGUGGCGUCGUAUUCAGGGCAAGUGAAUCCUCUACAAGAAUUACCUUCUACAGUUCCUUUUACCACUCAAAGCAGGUGGGCAGUGACUUGGGAACUCUUUGUGGUCCUGUUAUAGAUCGUGUUGUUGUUUCUCCUCGGGAUGACUAGAUGUUGUUAUCAACAUCAUUUCGAUUGCGUAAUCGGACCAGGUUUUGUAGUUUAUGUAGUAGGUUUUUUCCUACAAAACCUGAACUUUUUUCUCUUAUAGUUUGCUUGAAUAUUUGAUACUUCUUAUCUUUUAAAUGUAUUUUGUUCUAUUUUAUGUAUUAAAGUUUGAUUGUAAUAAAAAAAAGAAGUUCAA